AUGUCUUACCAAGAGCAGCAGUGCAAACAGCCCUGCCAGCCUCCUCCUGUGUGCCCACCCACAAAGUGCCCAGAGCCUUGUCCUCCCCCAAAAUGCCCAGAACCUUGUCCUACCCCAAAGUGCCCUGAGCCUUGUCCUCCCUCAAAGUGCCCAGAGCCAUGUCCCCCUCAGCCAUGCCAGCAAAAAUGCCCUCCUGUGCAACCUCCUUCACCCUGCCAGCAGAAGUGCCCACCCAAGAACAAGUGA